UCCGCCAAUCUUACACAUUUUACAAGCUUAAAAAUAUGGAACAUAAACUGGCAGAGUUCAGAGCGCGUCGAAGAGCUGAGAGGGAAGCAGGGGAGACAAGUCAGCCCGAAUCGAACAGCACCUCAAAGUUACACGACUCUGGACCGACAACAGAAGAAAACAGUACUUCGCAGUCUGAGAAACCACAGAUACCGACAACUACAGUGUCUGCUAACAAUCAUCCUUCACAAGAUGGAAAUAACUGGCUUAUGGACAGCACUCUCGGUCGAUGGUUGGGUGUAGACCGUCUGGCAGUCACAAACCUGACAAUACUGAAACUCUUGUUGUGGCUGGUUCUGCUUGGUCUCUUCGCAGAGCUUGACUUUGGGCUGCCGUUUUUUCUUAUAUCGUUAUUCUACUGGAUUUACGAGGGUCUGAGAGGCCCUGCCGCGCGGCAGCCUGGCGAACUGAGCGCGUAUUCCGUGUUUAACCCGGACUGUCAGCCGAUCCUAGGGACUUUAACUGCUGAGCAGCUGGAGGGAGAAAUGGGCUACAGGCCACUGGCCAACAGACAGAGAACAUAGACUUUUAAUGUGGUGGCACUAACAUACGUUUGAAGGUAUAUUUUCAAUAAUGUCUGCCUGUUAAUCAGUUCUUUCUUGGCUGACAAAAAGGGGACAGCACAAAUGGGUGUCACUAACACAGACACAUUAAGAGUUUGUGUUCUUAGGAAAAUGGAAGAAUGUCAGGAGCACAGACAUGGCCAGAAACAUGGAAAGUUUUUUUUUUUUUUAAGAGAGCUGAUGGAUGAUGGACUGAGGGGACAAAUAAUAUGAACCAAUAUACUUGAAAUGUAAAGGUGGAAUUUACACACUGAAAGACACAGACCAUAUCCUCACAUUGUAUUAACUUUGUUUUCA